AUGUCUCCCUCCGACAAGAAGACGUCCAGCUCCUCUCCUGCCGACAAGAAGAGACCCUCCUCAUCCUCCUCCCCUUCCAGGAAGGUUGCUGCUGUAGGUUCUUUGGCGUCCCGGGUGCAGAGUGCGGAGAAGAAGGUGAAGAUGCAUGGGGAGGGAGAAAGACCAGAUGGAUCAGCGAAACAUGCAAGAAAGCAUGCUGCGAAGGGAGGGGAGCAGAAGGAUCGGGGCGACGAAAUCAGGAUGGACGAGGAUCGGGUGCUACGGGACUCGAUCGAUCAGUUCUUCAGGAGCCACAUGCAAGGAUAUAUACAAGAGAUUGAGAAGAGCCAUGGCGGACAGAAAGAUUCUUCAGCACAAGAAGAGGAUCCAUCUGUCGGGUACAGCCAUUCGCGGGUCAUGGUUGAGAAGCGAUGUUGCUGUAAUGAUAGCGUCGUGAGUUUCACAUGCAGAUGCAGGAAGGCGGUGGAGAUCUCAAGUCUCAUGUCGUUGACUAUGAAGCAGAUCAAGGAGCUGAAGCGGCAGCAUGUCAUAGAACUCCAGCAUGCGCGUCUGGGGUCACACGGUGGAGGACAGAACGGGGUAUCAACGCGUGACAUCGAGAAAGCGAGGAAGGAGAUUGGCGAUCAUUACUCCAUGAAGCUGCAAGAGUAUCACCAUGUCGUGUUGAUGAUGGGAGCCUGCCCUUGCCCUGAUGCCUGCGGUCUGCAGAACAUUGAGAGCAAACUGAUGGACGCUGAGAAGAGUGUUGAAGGAAGGCUGAAGACCUUCGAGUCCGAGAUGAUACGUCUCAAAGCAGAGCUGCUACAAGUGACUCAGGAGAAGACUGAGCUGCAGAAGGAGCUUCAGUUGCAGCUGUCUGCGAGCAAUCACUUGCAAUCCCACCUGCAAAGCAUGAAAGAGCAAAAAGAAAGAACUCAUGAUGCCAUCGAGACGAUCAGGAAAGAGCUCGCCGAUGAGAAGCGAGCGCAUGCUGCAGCUCGACAAGCAGUGGCUGAAUGCAGGCAAGUGAUCAACGAGAUUAGAGGCAGUCAGGAGAAAGGAGGCCCGGUCGAUCAUGCUGAGACUGUCCAGCGCCUGCAGGAAAAGCUUCACAAGCUCGAGGAAACCUGUCUGAAUUUGAGGAUGGAGAAGGAGAGUUUGCAGCAGUCCAGCCAAGAAGCUUGCUCUCGCGCUUCCGCCCUCACGCACGAAAUUGACCGACUGAAUGUGAUCCCCUACCAGGAGCGGCUGGAGGAUCUCAAGUUGGAGAUCUACGAGAAAGACUCUAGGAUACGAGCUUUGGAGGGUGAGAAGGAGGAGCUGGAGAGUCGCAACGUCCUCGCCAGCGAGAGGUACAAGAGCAUGGAAGGGCUGCUGGCAGAGAGGACCAAGCAGCGAGACGACGCUUACCUGCGGCUGUCAACCUCGAGUGUUCAUAGCGAGGGGACGCGACAUGGGUCGGAGGCAGACAAGUCAAGGAUGGAGUAUCUGGAGAGGGAGCUCCAGAGUCAGACCUCUCUCCUGCACUCCUGCCAUCAAAAGCUCCAGUCGGCGGAGUCGAGCGUAGAGCAGCUCACGAAGCUGAACAGGAUCCUGCAAGCAGAGCUGGCGGCACAACACGAAGCUCAGGCCCAUCAGCUUGUCCCAAGAGAGGAGGAGAGGAUAAGUCUCGUCGAGAGAAGACGGCGUCUCAGUCAUGAGGGAAGCAGAAGACAAAUACAGCCCAUGCUCCUCGCUAGCAGAGAAGAUUCAGGUCCGCGAUAUGAAGCUGUCGCCUCCUCCUCACCUGCCUUGCAGAAAGAGCUCGAGGAGACAAGGGAGAGGAUCGACCGGAACAUCGCCUACAUGUCCUCCAGCAGGAAAGAACGCGCAAACGAAGUCGAACCUGUUCCUUUAGCACAUCCUUCGUCUUUCGAUCCGUUGGAGACAGAGAGACUGGUCGAGGAGGCAGGACGACAGGAGGCCAAGUACCACCUUCCUGCCGAGAGAAGCAGAGAGUUGCUGAGUCCAAGACGACUUCACUUCAAGAGCGACUCGUCAUGGAAGAACUUGAACGUAGACGCUCCCCUCCAGAGCCAUCACUUCAAGUCGAUAGAAGAUCAGAUGAAGGCAGAAGUUGAGGCCGAGCAAGCGUACAAGAGUCUGCCUGCUCUUUACUUUGGAGAUACGUCGCAUGAUGUCACAAUCAAGAACAUGGCGAGGAGUCUUCUGAUCUUGUACAACAGCCUGCCGGAUGUGUUCGAGAUGUGGGAGGAGUUGGCGAUCUCCUACAGGCACAGGCUGAGGCGAUACUGGGAGGAGGAGAAAGCGAAGCUCGUGGUGGACGAGAGCCGGCUGCUGGAGAAGAUGAGAACGCAGAUAGGACGGGAGAUGACGCUGAUCCUGAGGCGAGAAAAAUGCCUCCAAGAGUCCCUCCAGCCUAUCGAUGUCCAGCAGCAACCCAGCAGAGGCGUGUCAAAGGCAUCAUCCGUCCUCAAGAGUCAGGAAAUCGUCCGAGCUGAGAAGAAGCGACGGGAAAAAGAAUUACAGCGGGCUACCCAGCAGGUUUUGGAGGCAACGACCAAGUUCAAGGCGCUCCAUGGCAGGCCAAUCCUGUUCCGAGGCAUGAGGUACACCGAUGUGAUGCGAUGGCAGCACGACCAACAACUAGAAAACGACAAGAGAGAAAAGUCGCGAGAUGCCAGCAGGAAGGCAAGCAGGGCGUUCUAA